GGGGUGUGAAGGGGUGGAGAAACUGAGGAGAGUGGGCGGAAAUUACAAAGGCAGGGUACUAUAUCUCUAUCGAACCGUUCAGCUAAGCUGACUGAACUAACAGUUUUGUAAAGGAUCUUAUUAAACAGGAAGCCAUUGCUGUCUUCUCCUCACUACACGUUACAAACAAAAUUCUUCAUUUCUUCUCCAAUGGAGUCCUCUGUUCUUCUUCGAUCCUUUCAGUGUAACUUGCUCGCUCAAGGUCAAGGCUUGACUGUUGGCAGGAAACUGAUAUCUUAUCCAUCAAAGAGAAAUCUAAGACUAGUAUCCUGUGUAAAAACAUCUGAAGCUCCUGCAAUAGCCAAGAGUGAUGAUGGCAAUAAACAAGGGUCAUUGGAGAAGAAUUCUCUGCGAAAUGCAACUUUUCCGAAUGGAUUUGAAGCAUUGGUACUAGAGGUCUGUGAUGAGACAGAGAUUGCUGAGCUGAAACUGAAGGUCGGGGACUUUGAAAUGCAUCUGAAGCGGAACGUUGGGGCUGCGAAAGCUCCCUUGAUAUCAUCAACACCACUACCACCUAUUCCAACUCCACCAAUGGAGGUAUCAGCAGCUGUUUCUCCAUCGCCAUCGCCAUCUAAAUCCUCUGUCGAGAAAACCACUCCCUUUACAAAUGUCUCCUUUGGGAAGUCAUCUAAGCUGGCAGCAUUAGAGGCUUCUGGAGCUAGUGGAUAUGUUCUAGUUGCUUCUCCAACUGUUGGCUCAUUCCGAAGGAACAGAACAGUGAAAGGAAAGAAGCAGCCUCCUAUCUGUAAAGAGGGUGAUGUGAUUAAAGAAGGACAAGUGAUAGGAUAUUUGGAUCAAUUUGGUACUGAACUUCCUGUUAAGUCUGAUGUGGCGGGAGAAGUACUAAAGCUCCUCUUCAAUGAUGGAGAUGCAGUUGGGUAUGGAGACCCUCUUAUAGCUGUCUUGCCAUCAUUUCAUGGUAUCAACACCUGACCGUACUGUCUCUGGUAACCUUGAUGCAAUUCUUGGGAAGCUCGUAAGGGUUGCAUAUUAUUUUCGCUGUCUUGUGGUCUCUCCAUCAUGUGCUGGCUAUCAGAAGACACAGGUUUUGAUGGUAAUUUUACUUGGCUUUUUCGUCAGUUACAUUGAUAUAGGAAUAAUUUGUUGAGCAUUCUAGGCCGUUAAGAGGAUUGUUUGUGUAUUAGAUGGUCUUUUGUUUUCCAGUUGAGCAAUGCAUGCCUGUUGUUUGUGGUGUAUCGAUAUGAAAAAUCUCGGGAGCAUUUCCUACAAAACUUUCGGUAAUAUAUUGUUGUUAUUCGGUUCGUUCUUCA